ACAGAGGCCUUCCGGUUCCUCUAUUGGAUCAGCUGACUCUGAUGCUGCUGUCAGGAGACCUCACGACCUGCGCUGAAUGGCAACUAUGAACAUUGUCAAGCCAUAGAAUCACUACAGGCGGCUGUAUUUCCACCAGUAACACCAACGCAGUUAGCAUACGGUUUCCAGAAUCUUCUCCAGAGCUGUAACCAUGACCGAGUUUUGGCUCAUCUCUGCUCCUGGCGAGAAGACCUGCCAACAGACAUGGGACAAGCUGAUGGCAGCAACCACACGCACUAACAACCUCUCCACCAAUCACAAGUUCAGCAUCCCAGACCUCAAGGUGGGAACGCUUGAUGUCUUGGUUGGACUUUCAGACGAACUCGCCAAAUUAGAUUCAUUUGUUGAAAGUGUGGUGAAGAAGGUGGCUCAGUACAUGGCCGAUGUGCUGGAGGACAGCCGAGACAAAGUGCAGGAGAACCUGCUGGCCAACGGAGUUGACCUGGUCACCUACAUCACACGGUUCCAGUGGGACAUGGCGAAAUAUCCCAUAAAGCAGUCCCUUAAAAACAUCUCAGAAAUCAUCUCAAAGCAAGUAACCCAAAUUGACAAUGACUUGAAGGCCAGAGCAUCAGCUUAUAACAACCUGAAGGGAAACCUGCAGAACUUGGAAAGGAAGAAUGCGGGGAGCUUGCUGACCAGAAGCCUGGCUGACAUUGUCAAAAAGGAAGAUUUUGUCCUGGAUUCAGAGUACCUCAUUACUAUGCUGGUGGUUGUACCAAAGAUUAAUUAUCCUGACUGGCAGAAAACGUAUGAAACACUGGCCGAGAUGGUGGUGCCUCGAUCGUCAAACCUGCUGUUUGAAGACAGCGACAGUGGGCUGUUCAGCGUCACUUUGUUCAGGAAAGCCAUAGAUGACUUCAAGCACAAAGCCAGAGAGAACAAAUUCACGGUGAGAGACUUCCAGUACAAUGAAGAGGAGAUGAAGGCUGACAAGGAGGAGAUGACAAGGCUCUCCACAGAUAAGAAGAAGCAGUUUGGUCCCCUCGUCCGAUGGCUAAAAGUUAACUUCAGUGAAGCCUUCAUCGCAUGGAUUCACAUUAAAGCACUGAGGGUCUUUGUGGAAUCUGUUUUGAGAUAUGGGCUGCCAGUGAACUUUCAGGCAAUGCUUCUGCAGCCUAGCAAGAAGACCAUGAAGAAGCUGCGGGAGGUUCUGAACGACCUGUACAAACAUCUGGACAGUAGUGCAGCAGCUAUCAUUGACUCUGCCAUGGACAUCCCAGGCCUGAACCUGAGCCAGCAGGAGUACUAUCCCUACGUCUACUACAAGAUCGACUGCAACCUGUUAGAGUUCAAAGUUUAAACAGUCGUCCAGUUUUCGUCCUCAUGCCGUGUGUUUAUUAUUAAGUUAUGUUCUUCCUGUUCUCUCACGCUGUUCCCCCCCCCCCCCCCCCCCCCCCCCCCAACCUCCAAUCUUUGGUCGGCUUCUGCCACGACUGUGCUGCAUGAUCAUUCCUUGUGGUAAAAACCGCUCAUCAGAAAGCCUCUACCACUUUUACAACCAAGGGACAAAAAGACUUUUUAUAUAUUGUCCUAGUUUAAAGUUGAUUUUUUUUUCCUGUUUUAACACAAGUGAUUAGCUUUUUUUUUUUUAAUGUGAGGUGAACACAGAAAUCUUACUGGAGAGUUAUAUAUUUACUGUCAUUCCACAUGUGCUGGUGUGUAUUUAUAGCUGCAUCUGUGUCGGUGUUCAGAGAUUUCUGUUUACAUAUGGGUAGUUUCAUCAUUGCGCCCAUGGCAACCACACCCGGUACGCAUUUCGGAGUCCGUGGGCGACCCCUGCAGACGUCGUGAAACCCAAGUUAUUAACGGAGUGUGUGUUGUUGUUGUUGUUUCUUGUCGUGUGUAUCUGCUGUCGAAAAGAGAUCUAUAACUGAGUAUUGUGAACGCAGCUGAUUAAAUAAAUGAUUAUAUGUAAUUGAAACCAAGGAUUUAUGUGUACAUAAAACAGCCGAGGCCUGGAUACCGGACUGUGAUCUAAUCACACGAUAAUGUGCAUGUGAUAAGAGUGAGUCACAUAAGCAGCAUCUGUUUAAUAAAAAGUGAUCCUCCAUGAA